AUGACCGUCGACGAGAAACAGAUAUUUGACCCAUGGAAGACUUUCUACGAAAGUCCAGAGGAACAGGCUGCCAUCAAGGAAAGAGCCAAAAUCAGAGACGUAAUGAAAGCUGAGUUUCGAAAGCAGUAUACAAACCCAUUCAAACCAACACCUGCUCCAAUUCACGAUCCUGCGCUACAGCGACAUUUUUCAGCUCAAGUUACAUAUGCAGAGUAUCUACGACCGUCACCACGAUUGGGCUUGCUAGCUGCUGCAUUUCUAGGCUUCAGUGGGGUUUUAUUUUUCUUGCGAAAACACCUGGGGGAUAAGAAGUUGUCAAAGAUUCAAAAUAAUGAAUUAAGCUAUCGAGAAAGAUGGGGAGGAAAUGUUCGAUUGUGA